AUGACUCUUUGUUUCGACGAAGCAUUUCAGGCGCUCAAGGCAAACCGCAUCUCUGAGCAGGAGUACCUCCAUGAGGUUCUUGCACACUUUGUUGGUGUCAGACAUCCAGCCGAUGAGAAGCUCACACGCCCCUGGGAACUGAUGAUCAGUGAUCCCGUCGGGAACGCCAUUCGGGAAGCCGCCUUGAACACGCCUAAAACAAAUCCUGAAAACAUGAAUCAGUUGGAGAAGCUUUUCGCGAGCGCACUCAUCGACGACGCCGCCGCAGUACAGAUCAUCGUGUCUCAACUUUCCGCUGCCGCUGGUCACCCACAGCCUAUACAAGCCGUCGCGGCCUAUGCUGCACUACAUAACGAUGUCAAGGUCCUUCGUCUUUGCACACAGAUGGGUGCUUCCCUCGAAGAUCGAAAUACCUCAAUGGCAUUGGAAUACGCAGCCAGAGGCCCGACUCUACUCGAUCUCCUCUAUGAGAAAAAUUGGCGAUAUAUGAAGGAAUCUGCACAAUCGUUCAAUCGUAUGCUCGAGUGGUCACUACAUACAGGGCCUCAAGAGCUUAUCUGGUUCUUGAACCAUGGCGCCAAAGUUGACAAGGAUCUCAUUCGUCGUGCCGUAUACGGCCCGCCCGUAAAGGUGGCAUGCAUUGAAGUUUUGUUACAGCGCUUCGGCGUCGACUUGUUCAAGGGAACAAGAUUACUCCAAAGCGCGGCGAAACGAGGCUGCAACGAUCUUGUCAAGCUCUUGCUAGACGCAGGCGUUGAUGUCGAUGACAUGUYAUGUCGCGCUCAUCAUGAUGAAGGAGAGUGCGAGUUGACUGCAUUGUACGAAGCUGUUUACAAGCAACAUGAAGAUACUGUAACGCUUUUGCUUCGUUUUGGCGCUGACCCUCAUAAGAAGGUCUGCGAAGACGGUCUCAACACCCCGCUCAAGUUAGCAGAAGGACACGACUAUGCGCGCAUCACUGGGAUACUGCGCCAUAGCUUGGAAAGAAAGCAAGUUGGUGGUCGCUCAUAUACCUCAAAGUUUUAG